AAAAAGCAAAAAAAAAAUGCGCAGUACUCCAAGUGUUUUAACCUUUGCACUAAAUGUUUAAUAUAUGCACUUAGCAAACAACAAAUCUAAUCUACGAUUUAAGCUAAUAAAUCAAUGAUCUAAGCGAAACUGACAAAACAAAAACCAAAAAAGUACAGUAGGUGAGAUGAAAGUCGUGCUGGCCGAUAGUUGUGGGAACGUUUGUAGUUAACUUGGUCAAUGCUGAAUCUUGGCAAAGCGGCAAGAGAAACAUUUGGAAAAUAACAAAUAACAAUUGACAGUUGUUCAGUGAGUUGUUGGCCAAAGAACGCGGCGGAUCAUCGAAAUGCCUUGGCAAUGGCUGUUGCUGCUCUUCUCGCUGCUGAUGAUCGACGGUGGCAGUGGCGCCUCCAAACGUGUUAAAAUGUGUCUGCAGCCGAUGAUCAGCGGACGCUGCUUUGGUCACGUCGAGAGCUAUGCCUACAAUCCUCUCCAGCGUCGCUGCGAGGCCUUCAUCUAUGGCGGUUGCGGUGGCAACGAGAAUCGCUUCGACAGCAAGGCCGAAUGUGAAUAUAGUUGCCGUGAUAUUUAAGCCGAUGAACCGUAAAACCGAUCGCGAAAUGAUUAUGAAUGAAUGUGAAUCAAUGCUCAAUUAAUAACAGAAACUGGCCAGAAACUGAA